ACCUUGGAGACUGGGAAGCGGAACACUCCCUGUAUUGCUUCGUGCAGUGAAAUAACAGAUUUCAUUUGGGGCUGCAUAUCCCUUUCACUUUAUCCAGUUGGUGCCUGGAACGUAGUGGCUGAAUUCAACCAACAAAAUCUCUCUGAUUUGGGAUAAAGCCCUGCUAGGACUAAAAGCCACUGAUAUAACCAGUUCUGAGACAAUUCUCUAGCAAAAGCAGCAAGCAGCUCAGGGCUUUCUAAGAUCACCAGGCCAACAGAGAUGUGGGGCUGCAGUUGCUUCAUCCCUCUGCUUUUCUUGACGUUGGUGCUGGCUUGUGUACAUGGAGAUUUAUCAGUGUCUGCCUCCCAUCACAAUUCCUAUAAACGCAUGAAGAGAGAGUGGGUAUGGAAUACCAUGCACAUUUCUGAAGAGCUUAAUGGGACUCUGCCUCAUCAUGUUGGGAAGAUCAAAUCAACCAUACAGAAUCCCAAUGCAAUGUAUGUUAUCGAAGGGGAAGGUGCCGGGACUUUAUUCAGAGUUGAUGACCGCACUGGAGAUGUGGCUGCAAAUGAAAGACUAGACCGGGAGAAGAAAGCCAUAUAUCAGCUGAAAGCUCUAAUCAUUGAUCGUAACAGCAAGAAGCCACUGGAACCACCGUCCAUGUUUUACAUCACAGUCCACGAUGUUAAUGACAAUGCCCCAGUGUUUGAACAAAAAGUGUUUAACGGGUCUGUUGCAGAAAUGUCACCACUUGGAACCUCAGUCACUACAGUAACAGCUGUUGAUGCUGAUGACCCAACACUUCAUGGCUAUGCUGAUGUUUUCUAUGAAGUUAUUCAGGGGAAAGAUUACUUCAAAAUAGAUGACACUGGGAAAAUCAUCACAGCUGUUCCUGAUCUGGACAGAGAACAAACCCCCUCCUAUACAAUUGUGGUCAAAGCAAAGGAUGGCAAAGGGCUACACUCAGAAGAAUCAGGAACUGCUACAGUCCACAUUAAAUUGAUCGAUAUCAAUGACAACUUCCCAACAUUUAGACAAGAACAAUUCACUUUUGAAGUCCCUGAAAAUAUCAGGUUAGGUGGAAAAGUUGGGAGCCUAGAGGUUGUAGAUAUUGAUGAGCCACAGAACAGAAAUACAAAGUACAGUUUUGUCCAAGGAUCUUACCAAGAUACCUUCGAAAUAGAAUCCAAACCUGAAACAAAUGAAGGAAUAAUUAGACCUAAGAAGCCGCUGGACUUUGAAAGCAUAGCCAUCUACAGGUUUGUUGUGGAAGCGACUGAUGCCAACAUUAACUACGCAUAUUCCAGAAAAAAAGGGGCCAAGAGCAUUACAAGUCUAACCAUCAAAGUGACUGAUGUGGAUGAGCCCCCCAUCUUUGCCCAACCCUCAUAUACAUUCCAAGUAACAGAAGAAGGUGAUAUCAAGAAGCCUAUUGGAUGUGUUUCUGCGAAGGACCCUGAUAAAGCAAAGCGGGAAAUAAGGUACCGUAUAUUAAGGUCUUCUGAUUUUGAAAUAUCUACCACAGGAUGUAUUUUUGCCAGAAAGCCUUUGGACAGAGAGGAAAAUGCCUGGCAUAACAUAACUGUGGCAGCCAAUGAGGUGGACCAAAACAAAAUGGUAGUGCCUAAAUUAGAAACCCAUGUUCCAGUUUACAUUAAGGUUAAUGACAUCAAUGACAAUGCGCCAGAAUUUGCUAAUCCAUACAACCCUCAAGUGUGUGAAAAUGCUGCACCAGGAAAGGUGAUCAUCAGGAUUUCUGCUGUAGACAAGGAUGAAAUGUCACCAAGUGUGAAAUUCACAUUUUCCUUGGUCUCUGAAGAGAGCAACUUCACUCUCAUCGAUAAUCAUGAUAACACAGCAAAUGUCACAGUCAAAUAUGGACAGUUUAAUCGAGAGCUAGUCAAAGUCCAUUACUUGCCUAUCAUCAUCUCUGACAAUGGCUCACCUCCAAAGAGCAGCACGAAUUCCCUUUCCAUCCAAGUGUGCAAGUGUGAUGAAGACGGCACCUUCACGUUUUGCGAAGAAGCACACAAACAAGUUGGAGUCACCAUCCCAGCGCUUGUGGUCAUUUUCAUCUGCAUCCUCACCAUCAUUGUAAUAAUGCUACUCAUAGCCUGGAGGAAAAGACACAGGAAAGAUCUGAAUGUUCUCAAGAAGAAUGUGGAAGAGAUCCAUGAGCAGCUGGUGGCCUAUGACGAAGAAGGAGGUGGUGAAAUGGACACCAACAGUUAUGAUGUAUCAGUCCUCAACAGAGCCCAGCAAAGAGGCUUGACUUCACCAAGGAUGGCAAUGGAGGCCAGGCCCUGUGCAUAUCCCCAAGUACAAAAGGUGCCUGGAAAUGGAUUUUCAGGCACUGGAGAAAUGGGCAUCAUGAUUGAGAUGAAAAAAGAUGAAGCCGACAAUGACGGAGAUUUGCUCCCGUAUGACACGCUCCACAUCUAUGGUUAUGAAGGUGCCGAAUCCAUUGCAGAAUCUCUAAGCUCCUUGGGGUCCGGAUCUUCAGACUCUGAAGUCGAUUACGAUUUUCUGAAUGACUGGGGGCCCAGGUUUAAAAUGCUAGCUGAGCUUUAUGGAUUAGAAUCUGAUGAAGAUCUUUCUUAUUGAGUGUGGUCAAGGUCAGAUUAGCCAUAGACAAUAAGGCUGAGACUGACAGCUCAUAAGGGAGGGCCAGUUGGGGUUUUGCAUAUUCUCCUUACAUAAACCCACUCUUCAUUCAUUUUCAGAGCAGAUCAAGAUGAUCUAGAAACCACCACCCUCCCCCAUAAAACAGGUUCAUAGAAACUGGUCAGAGACAGAGUGUACCUAUGGGGUUUUUAAAAACAUCUCUUUUUAUAUAGAAAUUAAUUUUUAAAUGCUUUAAAUCAUAGUUAAGUCAUAAUUGUUCUUUCCCAAUUCUGUGAAAGCAUCACACUUCCCUAGGUUUUCUUGCCAUGUAACUAACUUAAUGAGUUUUACUGCCAAUCCCAGGAUCAAAACACAUUCAAAAGUGGCACUCCCUUAUAUAAAAGGUGUCUCUUUAUCCUA